AUGUCGGAAAGUCAAACUGAUAACUUGCCUGCAGAGCCAUCUGUGGCCCAGGCAUCCCAGGGGGGGCCAGUAGAGGCAUUGCAGGGCAACCAGGAGGCUCAGGUGGCCCAGGCGGCCCCAGCCAAGGUGUCGGCCGAGGCGGCAGUGCAGGCAGCAGCCCAGGUGACUGGUCAGGCGGCCGUUUCUGGUGUUUCUGAGGGGGCAGAAGGAGCCGAAGCAGAAGCAGAGACUGCAGGGGAGAAUUCAGCAGAUGCUGAAGUGCCAGCAGAGGCAGCAAGUGCAGCAAGUGCAGCAAGUGCAGCAAAUGCAAUAAAUCCAGCAAGUGCAGAAAGUGUCGAAAAUCUUGCAAAUGCUGCAAACGCACCUGUGAAUGGUGGUGCAGCAGAGCAAACGCAGCAGCCAGAAAUCAACCCGGCAUCAGCAGCCCACGGGGGCCGGGAGUUGUCGAAAACAACAUUGUACGUGGGCAACAUCGACAACUCGGUGUCGGAGGACAUGCUCCGGGACCUGUUUGGGUCUCUAGGUGCACAGAUCCAGAGCAUCAAGAUUCUUUAUGACAAGAAUAAGCGUGGGUUCAACUACGCGUUCAUCGAGUACGAGGAUCACGGCAAGGCGGAGAACGCACUGCAGGCACUCAACGGCUCGGUGCUUGCCAACUACCCUCUCAAGAUCACGUGGGCAUACCGGACACAGCAAAGUAGAAGUGGCGAGAAUUUCACGUUGUUCGUCGGGGACCUUUCGCCGGAGAUUGACGACGACUCCUUGGCAGCCACGUUUUCGAAGUUUCCAUCGUUUGUCCAGGCAAAUGUGAUGUGGGACAUGAAGACGGGUCGGUCCCGGGGAUACGGAUUUGUGUCAUUUCAGAACAACCAGGAUGCAGAGACCGUUCUCCAGACCAUGAACGGCAUGUCUCUGGGCGGCCGGUCGAUCCGGCUGAACUGGGCUGUGCGGCGGCAGAACCAGAACUUCCGGGGCAUGGCCAGGGGCAACUCCCGUGGUAUGGCUGCCGGGAUGGCCGGAAUGGGCCGCAUGAUGGGUGGCCCUGCCGGUGCAGGUGCUCCACCCCCUCCUCCCAACGCCAUGGCGGGCAAUGGCAUGGACAUGCUAGCCGGUGGGCUACCGGGCAACGCAGUGAACGCCCGGGGACCAAUCCUGGGUCCCCAGUCCUACGAGAUGGUUCUCCGGCAGACCCCAAGCUGGUUGUGUGCCGUUUACCUGGGAAACUUGGCCCACUACACCCAGCAGAGCGACCUCAUUCCUUUGCUACAGAAUUUCGGCUAUAUCGUCAACUUCAAGUUGCUCCCUGAGAAGGGUUGUGCCUUUGUCACCUACGACUCCCACGAAAGAGCUGCUCUUGCCAUUGUCCAGUUGAAUGGCUUCAAUGUGAAUGGCAGGCCUUUGAAGUGUGGCUGGGGCAAGGCCAACAAGACCGUUCGGCCGUUCAACAACUAG